GGCGACGGAUGAGCGCCUUGCAAUGAAAAAAAGAAUUGAAAAAUUAGAAGAAAUGAUGAUGGAGGACCGUCGGCAAAAUAAGGAAAAAAAUGAAAAAUUAGAAAAAGAAAUAGAGGAUUUGAAAAAAGAUGUGAAGGAAAUAAAGAUUGAUGUAGAGAUGUUAAAGAAUUGGAAAGAAAUGGUUGAUCAGCAAAAGGAGGAGGCCCGCGAGCAGGCCAAAGAGGAUCAAGGAUGCGGUGGGGAUGAAGGGAAAAAAGGAAAGGGUGGAAAAAAAGGAAAGCCAAAAGGCCGCGGCAUUGCUGGAAAGGUCAAAGGUGGAAUUGAUGGGUUUAUUGAAGGUAAAUUUUUGUUUUAA